AUGAAUCUGCCCUCGGAUGAUUAAUCAAGUAAAUCAAUGAAAUCGAGGAAAUCAAUCGCUUAAAUAGGAAAAACAGUUUCAGGAGAGUAUUCACCAGAGAAGAAAAAGUAAAUUUAAUAAAAAAUAUACCUGAUUCUGAAUGAUUACGAAUGCAAUAGGCUAGCAUUUUUCUUAUCAAUUUUAUCUAUCUUUAUAAUCUCACUUGAUAUUAUAUUACUGAUUUUAGAAACUGAAAAGGAAUUAGGAAUUAUUGAUAUCUGGGUAGCUGCAAAUUCAGGAGUAAGUGGCUAUUUUGUAGUUGAAUAUGCUUUUAGAGCAGCAACUUAUAAUGCUUUUGAGGAAUCUUUGAUCGAAUUUUUUAAAAGUAAUUUUGUAACUAAUAAAGAACCUUUUAAUCUAGUUGAUAUUCUAGCAUUGGUGUAUUCUAUAAUUGAAUAAAUACUGUAUCUUAUUGACGUAUAAGUUGAUCCUAGAAUAAAAGUAUUGAGAAUGCUAAUCGUACUUCGCUUGAUUAGAAUCUUUAAAUUUUCAACUUUCUCCUUGGGAGUAAAGUAGAUAUUAAUACGAGGAUUAUCAGAAAGUAUGUAAGCACUCUCAUUGCUUCUAUUUUUCACAAUGAUAUGUGUGAUAUUGAUAUCUAGUUUUAUGUACUUUGCAGAAAAGGAGUUUGUUGAUGAUAGUUAAAUCUAAAAUAUACCUUAAGCGAUAUGGUGGGCAAUCAUAACAAUAACAACUGUUGGCUAUGGAGACUAUGUACCUAAAUCUUUGCUGGGAAAAUUUAUAGGAGUGCUGAGUCUAAUCUUUGGAGUGUUAUUACUUUCCCUUCCUGUAGCGAUUAUUGGAAAUAAAUUCUAAGAGAUUUAUUUAUAAAAUAAGAAGGAGGAAACCAAAAAAGCUAGAAAGAAUGCAAAGACUCACUACAAUUAAAUUUAGAAUUAGAAUGAAAAAGAAAUAUACAGAAUUAUAUUAAAACUAAAUGAAUUGGAGUAAGUAAAUGAAAGAAUUGAGCAAUGUUUGAAGGAUAAUCAAUUUCUAUAUAGAAGUAUUUCUAGAGAUGCUUAGAGCAUGAUUGAUAAGAUUGAAAUCAAUAGGGAAAAUGGUAAGAGCAAGAGUAAGCAGAAGGAAAGGAUGAGUACCCAAGAAAGAAUUAUAAAAAUUAGAGAGGAAAUUCUAAAUCGUAGAAAAAAUCAAUGA